AUGGCUUCCUCUAGUGGUACGACAACAUCAUCAGGUGGUUCAUACCCAAUUCAGAACUCGGGGUCUGAAGAAGAUCUUCAGCAAUUGAUGGAUCAGAGGAGGAAGAAGAGAAUGAUUUCGAAUCGUGAAUCUGCAAGGAGAUCUAGAAAGAGGAAGCAAAAGCAUCUGGAUGAUCUCACGAGUCAGCUGAAUCAACUCAGGAAAGAGAACAACCAGAUCAUAUCAAGCGUCAGUAUCACCACCCAGCAUUACAUAAGCGUGGAGGCGGAGAACUCUGUUCUGAGAGCUCAGGUGGCGGAGCUCAGCCACCGGCUACAGUCUCUGAACGAGAUGAUCGCUUUUAUGUACCAACCUGUCGACACCGGUUGUGGGUUUGAGGACGAGCAAUACGGCGGCGGAGGUGGCACUGAGUUUGUCGACGAGUUCAUGAAUAACUCACUGAGUUACCUCUAUGCAAACCAGCCUAUUAUGGCUUCAGCAGACAUGAUUCAGUACUGA